AUGAUCCUGGCUAACCCUGCCCCUGUUGUACAGGCUCAAAAGGAGGCCGCCGUGGCUACCUUCCAAUCCCCAGCCUCUGUCUCCCCUAACGUUUCCUUUUCCAACACAAAGACCCUGUCCCCAGACUGUGUACUUGCCUCCAAUGGAAUCGUGGUCCGCAGGCAGGACCUUGACGCCUUUGAGCAGGCUCUAAAAACCAGAACUGCAUCUGCUCAAGUGGUCAAUGCAUCAACCACAGUCCUUGCCACCACUGCCAUUUCCAAGGAUGUGGACAAGCUGCAAAACAUUCCAACACUCUCAGACCCUGAUGAUUCAGAUGCCUACACAGACCUGGAGUCCCUGUCUGAGCCGGAACUGGAUCCCCUAGUUGAAGCCCUAUCUGUUCACACCCCCACAUACAUAGAGCCUCUAUAG